GUCGCAGGCAUCUACCCUCUACGAUCGAUACGAUGUCAUCCGAUCUCGCUACCCCAGCACCCCGUGAUGACGUCCUAUCGAACGAAGAUCUGCUGGGUAUCAUCUUCGGGUUUGUGCAAGAAUUCAACCACGCCGAGGCAACACCGCACGACUUCAAUGGGUCCACCUCACUCCGCGAGAUGUUGCUUCCCAAUUUAUCUUCCAAUCAACAACUUCUCAAUCUUGCGUUGACCCACAAGUCGUUCCUCGAACCCGCCCUCAAGGUGCUCUGGAGACACAUUCCAUCUCUUCUGCCACUGCUGGGGCUUUUGCCUGAGUUUGGUUUGAUUGGUAAAUCUAGCGACUAUGGCUUCAAAAAGAUACCCUCACAUGCCAGUGACUGGCAGAGGUUUCACGUAUACGCGCCAUACGUCAAAGCGAUCACAUUGGGCAAAGUUCCUCAAUCGAUUUCACCUUUCGUUUAUCACGUGUUGGCCUUGGCGUGCCCGUCUCACAGCGUCGGCUUUUACGUUCCAGCACUGCGUGCCAUCCGGGUCGACUGCUCAUCCCCGGCCAAUUUCCCCGGCGCCUUCUUCGUUACGACAGCGAGUCAACAUUUUCCCUCGCUUCGCAAAGUUGAAGUGGUCAACUAUCUUACGGGCGGGGCGGACUUGCACGCGGAUUCACAAGUUUUCCUUCAGCAGCUCUUCCCCGUUCUUGUCGGCCGACAGCCGCGGGUGAAUCAGCUGGCAUUCAGAGGAGAAUGGAACCUGUCGUCGUUUACUGAACUCCAGGAUCGGCUUCCCUCGCUCCCCCAAUUAUCUCAUGUCGCUCUUGAGGUCCCUGGUAGCAUGCUACUCGUUAGACAAGCAUGCCAUCGCCUGGGACAACUCCGAAACCUCCGUCACCUCUCAAUCAGGCUCUCUCCCACUUCCAAACGCAGCAAGAAGAAAUACACAGUGAAGGAGGGCUUUUCAUCCCUGCGCGAGUUGGAGGUCGUUGGACCUGCGUGGGAGGCCAGCAGGGUCAUCUCGAGCAUAGAGGGCCCACGUCUCGAGCACGUUUUUAUCCAUCUCACCAGCUUUGAACUACUCGACGCACUCUGUCUUCAUAGUCGAAUUGGCAACCUCAUCCAAUCUUCCCCUCGACUUGUCACCUUUAGCCUCACUGGAGCCAGUUCCGGUGCAUCGGGUCAGGACAUAUUCGCCUCCUACUCACAAUCAUCAAGCCCGGUUUCAUCUGAUUCGGAGCCCAGUACAGCUCAAGUCAGCAUCGUACAUCUGCUUGCAGAGCGAUGUCCUAACCUCACCUCACUCACCCUUCCCGCUUCAUUCAACAUAUCCUUAACUUCCAGCCCCGACUCUUCAAGUGGCUCAGGCUCCGCACACCCAACAUACGCGAGCAUCACCUGCCUGUCCGCCCUUGCAAAAGGGUGUCCCCACCUGGUUGAUCUUCGUUUGGGGCUCCGCCUCCAUGCAGUAGCCGAAGACGACCUCGUUGGGUUCUGGAAGCCCCAAGGAAGCGAACCAGAUGCAGUUCGACGUCCGCACCCGUUGAAGUCUUUGUGGAUAAACGCACACGACACUGGUCAGUUGACGGUGCCAGAGUGCAUCUCCAUUGCAAAGUUUCUGCAUGGAUUGUUCCCUCGGUUGGUUCAGUUGGAACAAUAUGGGGGGAGCGGAAGCUUUUCGUCGAUGUCCCUUGAGUGUAAGACUUUUUACUGCGUGAAGGCGAGUUUCCAGACUAUGAAGGAGAUGGAGGAGCAGUUAUCUAGGGCUGCUAUGUGA